AUGGACGUCAAGGACUGCCUCCGAGGGUUCUAUACCCCUGAUUUUCAUGACACACUUGAUCUUGACGGAAUCAGAAAGGCAUUCUAUCGCGAUGGAAUGGUCUUUCUCCAAAAUUGUGAUGAAGACAAACUCGUUGCUCUCGGAGAGAAUUUGGGCACAAUUGCUCGGCCUCGCAAUGAGCUGGCAGGUGGAAGAGGAGUCAGUAACAUCCGUUGUGCUCCAGGCCUAGAAGGCAAAGGGUAUAGCAAUCAAGAACUAUUCUUCCACACCGAUCGUAGUGGAUGGGAUGAACCCCCACGUUUGCUCAUGACUACACUGAAGGUCAAAUCCGAAACUGGGGGCGAAUCAGCGCUCGUAGAUACACGCCAAGCUCUCGACUACAUUCGCCAACAUGAGCCGCUCCUAUACAGCCUCAUCACCUGUGCUAAAUACUCUAGCUUCAAAGCUGACAACGGCACCUUUCAGCCAAGGCCCAUCUACGACGAGAAAACUGAUAUAGUACGUUUCCGGUUCGACGACGGCAUUCAGAUGUCAGCAUCUCUCGUUGAGAACUUCAAGAAGCUCAGCGAUAUAGUCUACAAGCACGCCUUUGCUGUUUCACUCGAGCCCGGCCAGUGCUACAUCGUCGACAAUCAUCGCUUCCUUCACGGCCGCACCUCAUUCACUGGAUCGAGAGAGCUCCUCCGUGUCCUCGCCUGGCCACACGCUGCCGAGGCAGACAUGUUCGUUCUCUUCGACGUCGACGGCACGCUCUGCCGCUCUGAAGACCUGAGUAUCGACGCUUACUAUCGCUGCGUCAGUGACAUCACAGGCAAAGACAUCAACAACGAAAACACGGAUAUCAACCUCCAUGGUGUGACCGAUAGAUCACUGCUGCGCGCCAUCUUAAGCUACCACGGCUUCGGCGAGGAUGAGAUCCAGCCAUUGAUGACCAAGUUUUUCGAGCUGCACCCCUCGUACCUCCGAGAAUCACUUGGAAAGGGCUUCACCUCAAUUGCCUGCCCGCAAGUGUCCGAGGCACUCAAGUGGCUUCCCCAACAGCGCGACAAAUUCGGCCGACGAGUCUCAAUCGGUCUGCUGACCGGCAAUUCGCGCGAGAAUGCACUGCUCAAGAUCUCUGCCGCAGGUCUCCCCACAGAUAUCUUCGACCUAGAGAUCUCGUCCUUUGGUGACGCGCACGAGCACCGGUCCGCGCUGGUGCUGGACUCAAUACGGAAGAUGCAGGCUCGACACGGGAUCCCAGUCGCGCCUUCGGAUGUCACCAUCGUCGGGGACACGCCGCUAGACAUCCAGUGUGCGAAGGAGACCGGGUGCAGAGUCGUUGCGGUGGCGACGGGGAACUACGAGACGGAGAAGUUGGAGUCGUACGCGCCGGAUUUCUUGUGCAAGAGGCUUCCGGAAGCGAGUCCAUUCUUUACGCAAGUUUUGAGCUUUUGA